GGGGCCCCCCCGCUUUAGCUCCGGCUCCGGCUUCGGAUCCAUUGUUCCUUCCCGCCCGGGCUGGGCUGCAAGCGCCGAGCUCGGAGCGUCCAGAGCGGGACGGGGCGGAACGGGACGGCCAAGCCAGGGAGAGUCAGCUUGAAGAAGAGGAUUGAACUCGAGGCGGAGUCUCCAUGGAGGUGUGGCGCCUUAUCACCAAUCUCUAACUGCAGAACUGGGAUGUGGAGCUGGAAGUACUUCCUCUUCUGGGCUGUGCUGGUCACAGCCACACUCUGUGCUGCCAGGCCGGCCCCAACCCUGCCUGAACAAGCCCAGCCCUGGGGCGCCCCCGUGGAAGUGGAGUCCUUCCUGGUCCACCCUGGUGACCUGCUGCAGCUUCGCUGUCGGCUGCGGGACGAUGUCCAGAGCAUCAACUGGCUACGGGACGGGGUGCAACUGCUGGAAAGCAACCGCACCCGCAUCACAGGGGAGGAGGUGGAGGUGCGGGGCUCCGUGCCCGCCGACUCCGGCCUCUACGCUUGUGUGACCAGCAGCCCGUCAGGCAGCGACACCACCUACUUCUCCGUCAAUGUCUCAGAUGCCCUCCCCUCCUCAGAGGACGACGAUGAUGAUGAUGACUCCUCUUCAGAGGAGAAAGAGACAGAUAACACCAAACCAAACCGUAUGCCCGUGGCUCCAUACUGGACAUCCCCAGAAAAGAUGGAAAAGAAACUGCAUGCAGUGCCAGCUGCCAAAACAGUGAAGUUCAAAUGCCCUUCCAAUGGGACUCCUAACCCCACUCUACGCUGGUUGAAAAAUGGUAAAGAGUUCAAACCUGACCACAGGAUUGGAGGUUACAAGGUUCGUUAUGCCACCUGGAGCAUCAUCAUGGAUUCUGUGGUCCCCUCAGAUAAGGGCAACUACACCUGCAUCGUGGAGAAUGAGUAUGGCAGCAUUAACCACACCUACCAGCUGGAUGUUGUGGAGCGGUCCCCACAUCGGCCUAUACUCCAGGCAGGUCUGCCUGCCAAUAAGACAGUAGCCCUGGGCAGCAAUGUUGAGUUCAUGUGUAAGGUGUACAGUGACCCACAGCCCCACAUCCAGUGGCUAAAGCACAUCGAGGUGAACGGGAGUAAGAUUGGUCCAGAUAACCUGCCAUAUGUUCAGAUCUUGAAGACUGCCGGAGUUAAUACCACCGACAAAGAGAUGGAGGUGCUUCACUUAAGGAAUGUCUCCUUUGAGGACGCGGGGGAGUAUACGUGCUUGGCGGGUAACUCUAUCGGACUCUCCCAUCACUCUGCAUGGCUGACCGUUCUGGAAGCCCUGGAUGACAGACCAGCAGUGAUGGCCUCACCCCUGUACCUGGAGAUCAUCAUCUACUGCACAGGGGCCUUCCUCAUCUCCUGCAUGGUGGGCUCUGUCAUCAUCUACAAGAUGAAGAGUGGCACCAAGAAGAGUGACUUCCACAGCCAGAUGGCCGUGCACAAACUGGCCAAGAGCAUCCCUCUGCGCAGACAGGUAACAGUGUCAGCUGACUCCAGUGCCUCCAUGAACUCGGGGGUUCUGCUGGUUCGGCCCUCACGUCUCUCCUCCAGUGGAACUCCCAUGCUGGCUGGGGUCUCUGAAUAUGAGCUUCCGGAAGACCCUCGCUGGGAGCUGCCCCGAGACAGACUGGUUUUAGGUAAACCCCUGGGCGAAGGCUGCUUUGGGCAGGUGGUAUUGGCAGAGGCCAUUGGGCUGGACAAGGAUAAACCCAACCGUGUGACCAAAGUGGCAGUGAAGAUGUUGAAAUCGGAUGCAACCGAGAAGGACCUGUCUGACCUGAUCUCAGAAAUGGAGAUGAUGAAGAUGAUUGGAAAGCACAAGAACAUCAUCAACUUGUUGGGGGCCUGUACACAGGAUGGUCCUUUGUAUGUCAUCGUGGAAUAUGCCUCCAAGGGCAACCUCCGGGAGUACCUGCAGGCCCGCAGGCCCCCAGGGCUGGAAUACUGUUACAACCCCAGCCACAAUCCAGAGGAGCAGCUCUCCUCCAAGGACUUGGUUUCCUGUGCCUACCAGGUGGCCCGGGGCAUGGAAUAUCUCGCCUCCAAGAAGUGCAUACACCGAGACUUGGCUGCCAGGAAUGUCUUAGUGACAGAGGACAAUGUGAUGAAGAUCGCAGACUUUGGCCUCGCUCGGGACAUUCACCACAUUGACUACUAUAAAAAGACAACCAAUGGCCGACUGCCUGUAAAGUGGAUGGCACCCGAGGCCCUGUUUGACCGGAUCUACACCCACCAGAGUGAUGUGUGGUCAUUUGGGGUGCUCCUGUGGGAAAUCUUCACUCUGGGUGGUUCUCCAUAUCCUGGUGUGCCUGUGGAGGAGCUUUUCAAGCUGCUGAAGGAGGGUCAUCGGAUGGACAAGCCCAGUAACUGCACCAAUGAGCUGUAUAUGAUGAUGCGGGAUUGCUGGCAUGCAGUGCCCUCUCAGAGACCCACCUUCAAGCAGCUGGUAGAAGACCUGGACCGAAUUGUGGCCUUGACUUCCAACCAGGAGUAUCUGGACCUGUCAGUGCCCCUGGAUCAAUACUCUCCCAGUUUUCCCGACACCCGAAGCUCUACCUGCUCCUCAGGGGAGGAUUCUGUCUUCUCUCAUGAGCCAUUGCCUGAGGAGCCGUGUCUUCCUCGACAUCCGGCCCAGCUUGCCAAUGGCGGACUCAAACGACGCUGAUAGUAUUCCCAGCAUUUACCCCAACCCCAACCCCAUCAUCAGCUGUGACCCUCAGUUCCCUCUUCCUGCUGGACCCACUGCCUUCCCCUGCCCCCUUUCCUGCUGGCAAGGAGCCAGCCACCUCCUUGAGGCCUUCUGUGUGGCUUGCCUUCACCCCACUGAGCUCCCAUCUCUUCCUCCGUCUCUUCUUCCUCCUCUCACCGGCGUGGUUGAGGAGCAAAGAGGCAGGUACUUGCUGAUGGCCACUUCGUUCCCUGCCAGAACUUGGACCAAGAUGCCCCGCACCCCCUGCUCCCUGGUUCUGCCUGCAGUGGCGUAGGCACUCACGAGAGAUACUGGGUGGGUUUUGCCUACACAGGUGUAACCAGAAGCCCCAUGUUCUGGUGACAGGUGCCUUGUCUCCACAGAGGUGUGGAGAGACAGCACUCUGGCUUCAGUGGGGGAGACUCUUCUCCAGACUGAUGGUGCCAGUGGCUUAUUAAUUCUGAUACUAAUUUGCUUUGCUGACCAAAUACCUGGUACCAGAGGAUAGGGAGGGAGGCAUAGAGCAGGAGUAGCAUGGUGGCCCUGGGGCCCAGCCCCAAAUGGGGGGCUUUGUAUAUAGGUAUGAAGAAAACACAAAGUGUAUAAAUCUGAGUAUAUAUUUACAUGUCUUUCUAAAAGGGUCGUUACCAGAAAUUUACCCAUUGGGUAAGAUGCUCCUGGUGGCUGGGAGGCAUCAGUUGCUAUAUAUUAAAAACAAAGAAAAAAGAAAAAAAAAGGAAAAUGUUUUUAAAAAGGUCAUAUAUUUUUUGCUACUUUUGCUGUUUUAUUUUUUUAAAUUAUGUUUUAAACCUAUUUUCAGUUUAGGUCCCUCAAUAAAAAUUGCUGCUGCUUCAUUUUUA